CCUGUCACCCACAUUUCCGACUUUAACACCUUUUAUAAAUGAAUAAUUAGCUUGCCUGCAUUAGACGACUGAUGUAAACAUUUUAAUCUGAAGAUGUCUUCAUUAAAAAAAUUCGAGCAUUUAUUCAAAAAGCUUUAUAAAAAAUAACAAGUUCGAGUAUGUGAUAUCCGCCGGGCAAAUCAUUCGCUAAAAAUCUCGCCACGUGUUAAUUCUUGUUGAAUUUUAAUUGUGCAUUUGCAUGAGGCCUGGAAAUUAUUGUUAUAAUGUGUAAAUUACUGCAGUUAUUCAUGUGACUACACGCAACACUGACCAUGAACUAAAACAAAUGACAAAAAACGAUAUAAUAGAUAAUUUAAUUAUUUACACAAUGUUUAACUUUUUAAUUUAGUUUGUAGUUUGUAUUUCACAAGAUAUUUCAUUUCUAUGUGGCGUCAUUUAACAUGUAAUGUAACAUGGUGAAUUGUCACACAAUCUGACCAGUCAUCAAUCACCACGACUUUCCCGCCUCCUGAACUUUAUAAAGGAGCAAUUCUCCAGUUCAUUCUAAUCACGCAUUAGCAGCAUGGAGAUCAGAGUUCAUUUGUGAAUCGCAGGUUUUGUACAAUUAUUUAAGAAAUAAAUGAUGAGUGAAAAUCACGUAACAAACAAUGUUGUAUUGCGUCGCAGUAAGUCACAACCUUACGGGGAAAAUAUACAAGGCCUUGUCUUUGAUCACCCUUCUUUGCCCAAGAUAGUGACUGUCACUUCGGCAAAGUAUGAGAAAAAUGGUAAACAACAGGGAAUACCUCGUAGAGAACAUUACCCCAUCAAAGGUCAUCCCACUUUCGGAAGGUCUCAUUCUGUUGAAGCUCCUGCAACCGGGAAUCUGAACAAUGAUGAAACUUACUAUAAACGCUAUCAUCGUCCUGCAAUAACAAUACACGAAGAACAAAACCAAUCCAAAACUGGGUUCUGGUCCCCAACAGAAUACAUGUCUCCGGGUAUGUUUCCAACUUCACAAUUUUCGUCACGAAAGCAAAAAGAAAUUGUCGAAGGAUUCUCUCGUCAUUACACAAAUACAGCUCGCGUGAUGUUGCCAACUAACUCAACCAGCAGGAAUAAGAGCAUUAUCAGGCAACAAAUACUUUCUAGACGAAACUCGACAGGAGCGCUUCGUCAUUUUCCGGAAAUAAUCGACCAUUUUUCGCCGAACCCUGGAGAACAACAAAUUGCACAUCAGAAUAAAGACAAUUUGCGCAGACAACAUCAGAAAGAUUUUUAUCAAUACCAUCAAAAAAUUAUGCAUUCACCUCCAACUCCAAGACACGAGGAGCUGGUUGGUAUGCCUAGUUAUCCAACACAGUCCCUGCGUCACAAGCCCAUACCUCAUAGCAAUAGUUUGCCUCCACGACUCAUAUCCAUUGACGAAGUUUUAGCUACUCAAGAUGAAAAAAUUCACCAUAGUAAUGACGUCUCAAGUUCGUCCUCCCAUCAGAAAAAGAGACGAUUUAGCACUGGCGAAAUGGCCGCCAUGACACCUUACUUCAGUCAAUCUAAGUACGACCGGAGUCGUUCUGUUCCAGGUUCAGUAACGACAAAAGGAAAAUCGAAUCCACCUUUAAUUGUAAUCUCCGACUCUGAUGAUAAUGAUAGAAACAACGUCUUCACAGAUGAAACACGCUAUCCUAGAGACAACAGUCGUUUAUGUCGAUCAUAUGUCGGCGAAGGAUGUGUUAACACAAGUGUAAGACCGCCUUCAAAUGAAAGAAAAUUUUCAAAUGAACUUUUGUCAACGUGGACGAAUGAAAUACAUGAACAGAAAGAGUUUGUUUACGUUAAGGAUAAGACAGAAAUGAAGAGAUCAACGGAUGAUAAAGUGACACUAUGCUUUAGGGAUAAGAGAGGAAUAAAGAGGACAGCGGACGAUGAAGUGACAGUAUUCUCUAAUCAAAGAGAAGGAACGUAUCUAGAUCACAAGGUACAAUGUAAAAAAGCUAAAACUAAAGAAAUUUCGGACACGAAACUCGAGAUUCGAGAAGGAAAAACCAAACUUUACGAUAACAUACCGAAGCUGGUCCGGCUGAACAACAAUAAUGAAAUCAAUAUUCGUACUAUAGACGAUAAGUUAUCUGCAAAGAACAAACAAAUACUCAAAGAGCAGAUACCAGAAUCUCUUACUGAAGGCGUAAACAAGACACGUUUGACGUCGUUACGUGAAACUGCUAGCAUUACAUCACAUUGUGACGUGUGUAAAGAUGGCGAGUUAUUAAAAUUGAAAACUGAUGGAAGUAAAAUUGAGUUUUGCUUUGACAUUCGUUGUAAAAACUGUGGUCGUAAAACGAGAGCUGGAGCAGCAGAAGACGAUCCUAUUGUCAGAGUACCUAAGCCAACUGGAGUUGUUUUUGGAGUGAAGAAAUCUGCUUUGACUUUGCUUCAUUCAAAAAGCACACCCAUUGAAAAUAACAAAGUUGAAGCAAACAACGAUUUGAAAGCAUCCUUGAUUUCAAGUGAUGUGAGCCCAACUACACGCAUUGGUGGUACUACCAAAACUAGUACGCAGGGUAUUACCACUAAAAUUGUAAUUGAAGACAAUAGUAAAUAUAAAACUGUUUUGAAUAGCCGUGAUAGACACACGUGCAGUAAUGAUACACCAAAGAGCAAACUAGAAGAUGUAGUUUUGAAAGAUCACGUGCUCAAUUCACACGAACAUAAAACAAAGUCACAGGCGGAUAGCGGUGAAAAUAAUCGCCGGGAGGUUCUUGUCUCUCGUUCCCAUCGUAAUUUUUAUGAAGAAAUGAAGACAAUCAAAGGCAAUAACGUACGUGAUGACUCUUCAUUAUCAGCUAGAGUCGGAGAUUACCAAAAAAGCGUAACAUUGCAAGAGCAUAGUAACGUCUCCUCUGAUGAAAGAAAUUCGUUGGCACAGCCCCAGAUGACGAUUAGAGAAAAAGCUUUGUACAAGAAAACAAAUUCUGAACGAGAGGAGGAGAACAAAAGGAACAAUUCAAACAGUGAUUUUCAAUCCAUCGAAAGGAUCGACACGCAGUUUACAGUGAUUAUCAAUAACUCACGAAAGGAGACACCAGAAGAUAAAAUUACAACCACCGAAAACCUCACGCUCAGUCAAAAACGUCGUCAGUCAUCUUUAGAUAUGUCAGUUAGUCUUCCUUCCAUAACGCAUAAUUCCAAUAACCAGACAACUCCAUCUGAACAUAAUACUCAAUCAAAAAAAUGUUCUGGUGAAUUAUCUUUGGAAGAUUGGACGGCGAUUCUUCAAGGAAGAAUUGCACAGGUGAAUGAAAGUAUAGAAGAAGAGAUAGCGCCGUGGAAGACAAAGAAUAAACGAAAAGUCUUAGACAAACUACAAAAAUAUUUGGACAAGAUUAAAAACACCAGUACAGAUCCCCCAAGUUUAUUUGUCAUUCAGAAAUCGCAGUUUUUUCAUACAAUGAAAAAUCAAUAUGAACUAAUGAAGAAAGUGGAAACACAGAGAAAGACAAUGAAAGAUGACACCAGUGAAGUGGCAACAGUGGAAAAUGUGAAGAGUAUUGGAGCAAAUGAAAAGGCAAACAAGACUAAAGUAAAGAAUAAAACAAUAAAAACUUUGGAUGGCAUCCAGAAGAAACCCAUGUUGAAGAAACAAAUAAGGAAAAAAUCAACAAAAAACACUAAUAGAAUAAGACCAAAAAGUAAUGUAAAAGGAACGAAGAUCAUGAUGUCCUAAGAUGAAAUGUUUCUAUAAAUAAAACAAAACAGGUAUAAAACUUUUUAUAGAACUUGUUAUAUUUUGAUUGUGUUUUAAAAACUAUUUAUGCAUAAAACUAAACACUUUUUUCUAAAUUUAUUUUGUAUUUUUUGGUUUGUUACUCUAUUUUGUGCUGUAGCAUACAAACAUAUUUUUAGCAAAUAAAAGCAUGUAAAACAUGCAAGCAUAUUUUUACCAA